UUGUCAUAUGUCAUUCAUCAAGAACUCAAAGUUUAUCAGCAGCGUUGUAUUGCUAUUUUGUAUCAAAACCUGACUGAAUAUUGUAUUAUUUGCUUGCAACGAACGAUAUUAUUAUAUGAACAGUUGUUCGUAAAAGUAAAACUAAUUCUAUUGGUAUUUUAUUUGAGUAUCAUGUGUGUUAAAUGUUAUCACAUUUUAGAUACCUACGUCACUAGAACGAGUAAAUUUUAGUUUUCACGACUUAUACAAUAAACGCUGAAUGAGAUACAGCUUAAAAUAAUAAUGGGUGAUUUGUAUUUUGCUGUAGUUUGUUCAUCAAAUAUGAACAGAAGUAUGGAAGCCCAUGCAUUUCUUGCGAAAAAAGGCUUCAAAGUCAAAUCAUUUGGAACUGGUGAAAAAGUAAAAUUGCCUGGUACCUCUGCUGAUCGACCAAAUUGUUAUGAAUUUGGUAUUCCUUAUGACGAUAUUUAUAAUGAUUUAUUGGAAAAAGACAAGACUUAUUAUACACAAAAUGGAUUAUUACAUAUGCUUGAUAGAAACCGACGCAUUAAACCUAGUCCUGAAAGAUUUCAAGCAUCAACUGAAAGAUUUGAUGUUAUUAUUACUUGUGAAGAGAGAGUGUAUGACCAAGUUAUAGAGUGGUUUGUUUCUAGGAGGUCAGUUUGCAAUCAGCCAGUACACAUAGUUAAUAUUGAUAUUCAAGACAAUCAUGAGGAAGCCACAAUAGGUGCCUUUCUUAUCAGUGAUAUGGUUACAAAAAUGUCUCAAAGUGAUGAUUUGGAUAAUGAUAUUGAUGAGCUGCUACAUGACUUUGAAGCUAAGUGUCAAAGGCCCAUUUUAAACAGCAUUAUGUUUUAUUGACAUGACAUAGUAAAGACUUGGAUGAAAAUUUUAACAUGAAUGAAUGAAGUGAUAACCUAAUUUGAAAAAUAAGUCUGUAUAUACUUUUUGACUGUAAGUUAUUUCAUAAAAGAAAGCAGUAUGAAAUGAUGAAGUUCUAUUCAAAGGACGAAUGCUGAAGCAAGUGUUGACUAUAAUAAACGGACUUCCCAUUAA